GCGCUACUUUGUACUCAGUGAUACUCAGUUUCCAUCGUUUCGCGAAUAAUCUCGCAUCUCUGGAUAUAUAUUCACCGCCCAGAUGCCGACAUCGCCUUACGUUUCUCGGAUUAAUCAAAUCGACGCUGUUCAACUAGAUGAGGAAAUUUAUAAAGUGCUUAGAAAUCAAGCUAAGAAAAUUAGCAGUUAUCAAUCAAUAGAAAAGAUCGAUCAAUGGCAACCUGAAAUCGAUGCAGUUCUCAAAUUCUUUAUAUGGAAUUUCUCGCUGCGCCAUGGAAAAUCAACCUUUGGUCAACAACUGCUCAAUUUGCAUUACGAAAAUAUUAACAGCGUAAAAUCCGUUCUGUACUUGAUUUCAACGAUCGUACCUGCGUACGUGCGAGACAAAUUUAAAGACAACAGUAAAAAUCGUAAUUUGAACGUUUUAUUCGAUCGUAUCGAGAAUAUCGCAAAAUUGCUCGAGUUUAUCAACUUGUUGAUCUUUCUGCAUCGAGGGACACAGCCUCGCGUUGUGGAAUAUAUUCUCGGAAUCGUAAACUCUUCUACAACAACUCAUAAACCCAGGAAUAUCGGAUAUUCGUAUAUGACAAGAGAAUUAUUGUGGCAUAGUUUAAUGGAAUUAUUUACUAUCGGUCUACCUAUGAUUAAUUUCCAUUAUAUAAAGCACACACUGAAGAAAUUGUUUACAAAAUCAAAAUCCGCCAAUUUACUACGUACUUUUCCGACUAUGAAUUUAUCUACCAAAUGUGCUUAUUGCGCCGAUACUCCAAUUUUACCUGUUCAUGCUGGUUGCCAGCAUAUAUUUUGUUAUUAUUGUUUGAACGCUCAUUUUACCGCGAUGAAUGAAUUCCAGUGUUUCGAAUGUGGCGCAAGACUCUACGUUGGUGAUAUAAAAACGUACGAACCGAAUGCAUUAUCUAUUUAACUUUUUGACUCAUGUGUGUACAUAUAUAUAUAUAUAUAUAUGUAUAUCCGUAUUUAUAUCUACAUAUAUUUGUACAAGUAUUGUGUUCCUUUUUUUUUUAUUAAAAAUAGCAAUACAAAAUUUUCUUGAUUUGCUUGAUACAACGUUUCAAUUUAUUCGGCGUUUCCUUCGAAACGAAUCGAUAAUGGAUCAGGUAUACAAUACAUAUAUUCGUCGCCUAUCGGAAUAAUUGGAUUAUCGUAUAAAAAUAUCAUGCCGCUUUAUAGUAAAUCGUUUUCCGUUUCGUAAAUCCCGGCAACACGCAUUACGUAUAUCGAUCGUUGAUUUAUCUAUUAUCGUUUUACUUGCUUAAUGGGCGGGGACGUCCUUCUGUUACCUGGCAAUACUCGAUUAAACGCAAACGAAUCGAAUCAUUCAAGAGGAAAAUAAUGGACGAAAAAUUUUAACACACAUAUAUAUAUUAGAAUUUUUAUUUUAUUAUUUUAUUUUAUUUUAUUUUUUCUUCGUUUUUUUCUUUUCUUUUUUUUUUCUUUUCUUUUUUCUUGAACAUCUCAAUUCGUUUGCGCUCUAACUCUUGUUGGAAUGUUUCUUUUUUUUUAUUUUUUUUAUUUAUUUAUUUUUUUCCCUCUUCGAUAAUACGUGCGUUUUGCGAGCAUGCGAUCGCCGUUCCAACGAUUCCAAAAAAAUUUUAUCAAAUUGCACGUAUCAAGGGAUGCUAUCAAGCCACGCCUAUUUCAUUGUUUCGUCGAAUU